GUAUAGAUAUAUAUAUUUCCCCUAGUUCAUCGAUCGAACUCAAUUGAACACAUACAUAUUUUGUGCCAAAAAGGAAGUGGGAAUAAGACAAUAUACUUCAUCAUAGUAUAUAAAUAAAUAUAUACAUGGCUCAUCAGUACGGGGGAGACAACAACCCCUACGGCAGCGGAGGCCGCCGGACCGACGAGUGGGGCAACCCUGUUGGCUUGAAGGACGAGUGGGGAAACCCUGUGCCACAAACUGGCGAGGAUGGUAACAGCCCUAUGGCGGACCACCACGGAAUCGGUGGCACCAUGGCGGGAGUGGGACCCUAUGCAAACACCACCGCUCCGUCCGGGAUUCUGGGGGGCAGCGGCGUGGCCGGUGAUGGCUACAAGACACACGGAGUUGAAACUGGGAGGGAGCACCAUGGUACUAUUGGCGGCAUGCUCCACCGCUCUGGUAGCUCCAGCUCCAGUUCUUCGGAGGACGACGGGGAAGGUGGGAGGAGGAGGAAGAAGAAGGGGAUAAAGGAGAAGAUCAAAGAGAAGCUGCCGGGGAGCGGCGGCUGUCACACCAAGGGUGAGUAUGGGCCCACCACAGGGCACCCUAGUGCCGGAGGCGGCGGCGGUUAUGGCUAUGGAGGAGAAGAGCAUCACGAGAAGAAAGGUUUUAUGGACAAAAUCAAGGAGAAGCUCCCCGGCGGCGGCCAUCAUUAAUUAAUUAAUAUAAUUAGAACCUGAUGACCGAUGAGGACCUGCUAGACAUCUAUCUAUAUAUUUAUAUCCUA